AUUGCGAUGGUCUCUCAUCUCAUGGUAUUCUUGAACAUAGAGUGAAUAAAGCUGGUACUCUGGUCUCUUUUCUUCUUCCCAUAUUUCUCUUGCUCCAUUUUUCUAUAAAAAUGAUAAAAGUGUUAUUAUGGAAUGCUGUAGCACUCUUUCAGAUACACACUUAAGAGAUGCUUAUAUGAUCGAUUGCCCAAACUCCCAAAUGACGCCCACAGAAUUGACUCAGAGGACCAUACACUCGCUACACCUUCUUCCAUGUAGCUUGAUAAUAUUGUCUCUGAUUGUCUUAAUUUGCAGAUUCAUUGCCCAAACACUGAAGAGAUAUAGAGAGGUGGAAACACAGAGGACGACUGUAUCUCAAAUGGAGUUUGAGGCAGGUCCAAGUACGACGACAAGUGUACCUGUAAGAGACACUGAGGCAGAUGCUGCAUCGCACUCUUCAUCCUCAUCACUUCCGGGAGGCGCAUAUGAAGUCUUCUUGAGUUUCAGAGGCCCAGACACUCGCUACGGCUUCGCAGAUUACCUCUUCCGUUCGCUCAUUCAAUCAGGAGUCCGCACCUUUCGAGAUGAUGAAGAGGUCCGCCAAGGAACAAAACUCAAAACUGAACUCGAAAAAGGAAUCAGGGACUCGAAGAUCUCAAUUCCAAUCUUCUCCAAAAGAUAUGCUGAAAGUAAAUGGUGUCUUAUGGAGCUACUGCUGAUGUUGGAGUGCCAAAGUCAAACUAAACCACAACUGAUUUUACCUAUCUUCUACCAUGUCACACCCGAUGAAGUGAAGCUGAAGCAUCGAGGGGGUACUUUCGAGAGGGCCUUGAACAAGCUCGAGGAAUCGCUCAAGGAAUCUGGGGAAUUCCGUGAAGACGAUAUGAUGCAAUGGAAGGAGGCACUGACUAAGGCUGGAAAAAUCCCUGGUUGGGAAGUGGAUGAGAAGAGGUAUGAAGGAGGAUUAAUUACAAACGAGAUUGUUCCUCGAGUACAAUCGGAGUUGAAGAUUAAAAUCAUGGAUGUAACUACAAAGUUGGUUGGAAUGGAUCAUCACAAAAAUGAAAUGAGGAGGCUAUUAGAUAUUUCCUCGGACGAUGUUAACUUUGUUGGUAUUUAUGGCAUGACUGGUAUUGGCAAGACAACCGUUGCCAAAUGCAUUUACAACGAACUCCUUCAGGAGUUCGACUGUUGUAGCUUCCUCGACUGUUCCAUCUUCCUUGAAGAUAUUCAAAAGGAAGGAAAACUCCAGGGUACUAUUGCUAGUUUGCAAAAACAGCUUUGCAUUGACGCACUGAAUUGGAGCGUUGACAUUGCAAAUGUUGAAGCCGGAAAAGACAGUAUUAAAAAAAAAUUUUGUAACAAGAAAGUUCUCUUUGUUCUUGAUGAUGUGAGUUCCAUUUCAUUUUUUGAUUUUCUAUUGGGAGAGCCUAAUUGUCUUGUGGCAAAGGAUGGGUGCUUUGGCAAAGGAAGUAAGAUCAUAGUAACAACCAAAGACAAAGGUGUUUUAAAUGAUCUUAAAGUUGAAAGGACUUAUCAACUCCCAUUUAUGGAUGAUAGCCAAUCUCUUCAACUUUUCUGCAUGCAUGCCUUCGACGCUGAGUGUCCUCCAAAUGAAUAUGAUAGUUUCUCUAGGGAGAUUGCAUCCUUUGCUGGAGGCCUUCCUCUAGCUCUCGAGUCUAUGGGUUCGUCUCUACAUGGGCAGAAUGAUCUAGAGAUAUGGAAAGCUGCUUCAAAGAAGUUCGCAAAAACAACGGAUGAUAAUGUUUUGAAAAAGUUGGAAGUAGAUUAUAAAUCAUUAAAUCCAAAUCAACGACAAAUGUUCCUUGAUGUUGCAUGUCUUUUUGUUGGGAUGGAUAAAAGAACUGUAUUUUACUUGUGGGAUGCUCGUGAAUAUGAUCCAGAGAGAGAAUUUGAGAAGCUUAAGCUCAGGUCUCUUGUGAAAGUGGGAGAUGCUAAUGAGCUGAGGAUGCACAAUCAGCUUAUAGCUCUUGGGAAGGAUAUCGUCAAGAAAGAAAAUAAUUUCUUUGGAAAUCGUAGUAGGCUGUGGAAUCCGGAUGAAGCCCAACUAAUAUUGGAGGGAAGGAUGGUAAGAUCUGAGUGCACAGAAUUUUAUUGUUAUAUUUGA